ACGCCAUGAACCCCGCCCCCUCAGCCCACGAGCACACUCACGACUCUAUGAAGAGCUCCGACCCCGACGCAAACUACAACAUCAUCGCGUGGGGAAAGAAGCGCGAGGCGGGGACCAGCUCGAUAGAAAACACCAACCCCGACGUGAACCUUGCCCCGAUCGCCUGGCAGCGGCAAGAGAACAACGCCCCCUCGGCCCACGAGCACAAUCACGAGAUGAGCGCCAACCGUGUGGAAAAGACGAACGCCGACGCUCUCUCUGCCCCGUCGGAGUGGAACAAGCGGGCCAAUCCUCCUGCAGCCCACGAGCACGCUCACGACAUGACAGCCCACCAUGUGGAGGACACUAAUGCCGACGCGAAAUUUGGUGGAUCGGGCUGGGCGAAGAAGCGCGGCAUGGAAGCCACCAUGGCGGAUCAGCAUAUGGCAGACCAUGCUGAGACGGUAGCGGACCAGGCGUACAAGGUGAAGGAGUGGGUGUCAGACAGAGAGCAGAAGCGGGAUGUGAGUUCCAAGCAGACGAGUGAUGACUGGUUUCCCCUCGGGGGGUGGGCGUGAUUCAGCCCGUG